GGCGGGACACGGGCCAUGGCGGCGGCGGCGACAGUGGCAGCGGGGGCCGGGGCCGCGGCGGGGGCGGAGUCGGCCGAGGGGCCCCCGGGGCCGGCGGCGGCGCUGGAGCUGUGGCUCAAUAAAGCCACAGACCCAAGCGUGUCAGAACAGGAUUGGUCUGCUAUCCAGAAUUUCUGUGACCAGGUGAACACCGAUCCUAAUGGCCCAACCCACGCGCCUUGGCUCCUGGCCCACAAGAUCCAGUCUCCGCAAGAGAAAGAAGCUCUUUAUGCCUUAACGGUGCUGGAGAUGUGUGUGAACCACUGUGGGGAGAAGUUCCACAACGAGGUGGCCAAAUUCCGCUUCCUGAAUGAGCUGAUCAAAGUGUUAUCCCCGAAGUACCUGGGGUCCUGGACCACAGAAAAGGUUAAAGGAAGAGUCAUCGAAAUACUCUUCAGUUGGACUGUCUGGUUUCCAGAGGAUGUCAAGAUCCGAGAUGCUUACCAGAUGCUGAAGAAACAGGGAAUCAUAAAGCAAGACCCUAAACUACCAGUGGAUAAAAUUUUGCCUCCACCUUCUCCCUGGCCCAAGAGCUCUAUCUUCGAUGCCGAUGAAGAAAAGUCCAAGCUUCUGACGAGGCUUCUGAAGAGCAACCACCCGGAGGAUCUUCAGGCUGCAAACAGGCUGAUCAAGAACUUGGUCAAGGAGGAGCAAGAGAAAUCCGAGAAGGUGUCAAAGAGAGUCAGUGCUGUGGAGGAGGUACGGAGCCACGUGAAGGUACUGCAGGAAAUGCUGAGCGUGUACCGCCGGCCCGGGCAGGCCCUGCCGGACCAGGAGGCCUUGCAGGUCGUGUAUGAGCGCUGUGAGAAGCUGCGGCCCACGCUAUUCCGGCUGGCGAGUGAUACCACGGACGAUGACGACGCGCUCGCGGAGAUUCUCCAGGCAAAUGACCUCCUCACCCAGGGAGUUCUCCUGUACAAACAGGUGAUGGAGGGCCGAGUCAUCUUUGGGAACACAGUGACCAGCUCAGUGGGAGACCUAGCUGUCUCCAGAGUCUUUCAGAAACCCGCAGGCUGCACGAAGAGCUGCGCUCUGAUUGACUUGGAGGUGGACAGUGGAUCUGAGCAGGCCGGGACUGUGGCACCGUCCUUGCUUCACCAGGACCUGGCAGCCUUAGGACUCAGUGAUGCUCCGGUUACCACCAAGGUUGCUGGUCAGAAUUGCUGUAAGGAAAAGAAGAAUCCCCCCGCCAGCAUGCUGCCCGGUGGUGGUGUUCAGAGCCCUUCUGCAGAAAGGAACUUGCUGGAUCUCCUCUCCCCACAGCCAUGUCCAGGGCCUCUGAAUUAUGUUCCACAGAAGAGCAUUCCUAAGGAAGUGCCCCCUGGCACUAAGUCCUCUCCAGGUUGGUCCUGGGAAGCUGGGCCAUUGGCUUCUUCCCCAUCCACCCAGAAUACACCGCUGGCUCAAGUGUUUGUCCCUUUGGAGUCUGUUAAGCCCAGCAGCCUGCCGCCUCUUAUCGUGUAUGACAGGAAUGGAUUCCGAAUUCUGCUCCACUUUUCCCAGACGGGGGCGCCUGGCCACCCGGAGGUGCAGGUGUUGCUGUUGACCAUGAUGAGCACUGCCACCCAGCCUGUCUGGGACAUCAUGUUUCAAGUGGCUGUGCCAAAGUCCAUGAGAGUGAAGCUGCAGCCGGCAUCCAGCUCCAAGCUCCCUGCCUUCAGUCCGCUGACGCCUCCAGCUGUGAUCUCUCAGAUGCUGUUGCUUGACAAUCCACAUAAAGAGCCCAUCCGGUUACGGUAUAAGCUGACCUUCAACCAGGGUGGACAGCCUUUCAGCGAAGUAGGAGAAGUGAAAGACUUUCCAGAUCUGGCAGUCUUGGGUGCCGCCUAACUUUUCAUAAGACAGACCCCGCCAUUCAAGCUUAGGCCAAUGUGAAUUUUGCUGUCUAGAUAGGACUAAUCAUGGUGAUGUAGUGCGGAGUGCCAACAGUUCUAUCCUGACGUCAGGCUCUGGAUCCCAACCUCUGACUUAUUCUGCACAUACUAUUUGUGUGUGGGUGUGUGUGUGUGUGUGUUGUGGGGGAUUUGGGGGAGGGGAGAGCAGGGGCUUGGGAUGUGGACAGUGUGGGAAAUGCUGAAGCAUUUCUGACAACCAUCUGCUACAAUCAUCUGUUUCUGCAUGUUUGUGGACACGGAUGUCCCCACCUCAGGUUGGAGGUUUUAUAAGCCAAAGUUGUGUUGUGUUUUGUUUUUUUUCCACGUAUUGUUCUCUUUUCAUUCAUCCACUCUGUGCCUUGUCAGCCUUUGAAAGUCUUGGUUGCUCCCAGGCUGCUGUUCUCAGGGACCUUAAAAGGGACCUGGUUGGUCUUGGGGCAGAGAGUACCUUCUGGGGCACUCUCUUCCAAGAAAGACCUUGUCUCCAUUUCCAUUAGAGAAUGCUGCUUGCAUGUGUUUGAGAAGAUCUUCAGAAUGGAAUGCUCGUUGCACUGUUUGCAGGCGAGGGGCUGCCACUAGACCAGAGGACCACACUGGGUGGGCCAAUCAUGUCCUUCACCACUGUGCCUUAGAAUCACCCAGAGAAGACCUUCCAGGGCAGAGAGGAAAGCAGGUCCCGGGCCUCAUGCAGGCCGCGGGUUCCGUGGGUGGGGCAGCCCGUCUCGGCCCUUCCUCAGGACCCUCCUUUCCAUUCUCAUCCUCCUCCUCCACGAGCGUCUACUCUCAGAGCUCUUCGAUGGUGACGCCAUGCCAGUUGUUGUCAGUCAUAACAGACAGGCUCGCCGUUGCCUGUCUUCACCAUCCAGCAUGGAGAACUGUGACACAAAUAGAUAUGGAAAGAGCUUAGCAGUGAUUUCAGUGGUGAAUAUAGAAAGUCCUUGAAUAAAUACCAUGUAGCAAAUACGCUUUGUGGAGUCUUGUGAGUAGGAGACGCAGAGCCUGUUGCAUUUGGAGGCGCCAAGCCUGAAGGGCCCUGUUGCCUAUGGAGGAAGUAGGAAGACUUCUUGCUGUGGAACCUGAAGAGCGACUUCAGUGAAGGGAGAGGCCCUGCGGGUCCAAACAAAGCUGGAGGAGAGAUGGAUUGUUAUGUGCGUGGUUUAAAGGGAAAACUUGGGUGCAUCACCUGUUCUUACUGCGCGCCUGCUGUCUGCUAGGCAUCUUCUACGGUCCUGCUUUGCUGGUCAGGGGGGAAGCGAGCUGAUCCUUGCCGAUAGGGCCUGAUUAAGGACUUUGAAAUCCGAGCCGUUCACCUGUUGAGGCACGAUUCUACCUCAGGAACCACGAGACUCUGUUUGGGGCUCUUUAUCACAAAAUCUCAUACUUUCCAGGUUGAUCUUUGAACUUCUACGUACAGUUAGAAUUCCACCAACAUUAAUUGGCAGGGAUAGAGGCUGUAAUAGAUCAUCUAGCUAUGCUCAUUUUUAAGCAAAUGUGAAAACUCCUAAAACCGAUGAGAUGGGUGACUUAUUCGUUUGGCAUGACUCCCAUAAGAUUCAUUUUAUCUAAGCUUUCUUGCAUGUUCAGGUGUUCUCUAUAGCUUUUAUGGGCUCUAGCUAAUCUCAUAAAGGUUUUAAGAGGAACCCGUCGUAAUGAUGAUGCCUGCCUAUGCAGAACUUCCAUCAAGGUGGGUGAAUGAGACUUAGAAGAUUUUUACCCCCGGCUCAGUGGUGAACUUGUGUCUCAACCUUCUGUCUUCCAGGAGCCAGACUCCCAGCAGUGCUUUGGUGGAGUUGGACAGGGUAGGGAUGUGUGUGUGUGUGUGUUGGGGGGGGGGUUCCUGAAAGUGGCCCUGGUGUUUGUCAUCAGUGCCUUCUGAUGAUCAAGUUCAGCGGCUACUGAAGGCCUAACCGGUAUCCUUCCCUUCCUUCCACAAGCAGUUGCAGAGCAGCUGCCAGGAGUUCCGUACUCUACUAGGCAUUGCAGACACAACAGCAGAAGGUUCCUGCCCUCGUGGAUCUUCUGUUCUAGUGCAGAGACAAAUCCAUGAUGUUCUUGGUGGGGAUGGUGCCGAUGAUCAGUAUUUGUCCCCUAUCCUGAAUUCCUCCUCCAGGAUUCUGCUCACCCCUGUCUCUUGACUUACCUUUGUGACUGUUUCUCUUCCUCUGUCCCUUAUAUGUGCUUUGCCCCAGGGUUUAGGAUUCUUCUAAGCACAUCUGGGCAGCUAACCCCUAGAUGGGUCCUAGACCUCUGUCUCAAGCUUCUGCCUCCUUGCUGACAUCAGAUCCCUAUUCAUCAGUGUUUUUUUUGUAGGUUCACUCUUGUCUCAGGCUUGGAAAGCUUAGCAUAGAACCCAGCCUCCUCCUCCUCUCGCCCCUUCCCCUUACAUUUUCUUUUAUUUGAAAGCACCUGUCCGAACCUUCAUGGAUUCUUGAUUCCUGUUCCAUUUAGAACCACUCAGUAGUUUUGUCUCCUUUAGUCUGUUUCUAAAUAUGACAUCUUGCCCUCCCCUGCAUUCACAUGGUCACUGCCCUGGUUUGGGUUUUUUGGCUGGGGGAGGAGGGUCAGUGAGGCGGGGUGGUGCAGUUAGCUCCUUCUCAAUUCUCUGAACUGUGAGACUUGCUGCCACCAGAUUUAUCUGGCAAAUCGAGCCACUUGACCCCUUGCUGAGAAAUCCUGAAUGGCUUCCCAAUGCCCUAAAAGUUGAUAUAAUCCAAUUGAGUGCUUAAGUAUUCACUAACUUGGUGUGCUCCCUACUCUUCUGGCACCUGCCAAGAUGAGCACUUUGCCACAGCCACAAGUACGUCCUUUCGUAUUUUGACAAUGCCAUGUUUUUUCAUGACGUUAGGAGGCAACUUCCUUUCCCUUUAUCUCUUCAGUGAAUUUAAGACUGGGCUAGAACCCUGCUUUAUCUGUGAGUCACUGUGAGCAUAAAUAGGCUUUGGAGAUGGUAAGUGUUGAAAACAGGGUAAAUGAUUUAAUGACCAAAAGAACAUGCACAUUAGUUAUUGAAAAUGAUAUUUUCAGGGUGCCUGGGUGGCUCAGCGUCUGACUCUUGAUCUCAGCUAAGGUCUUCAUCUCAGGGUCGUGAGAUCACAAUGACUGUAAAUUGAGAGACCAAACCUUCAGGAUAGAAAGCAAAGGUGAUAUUCUAAAAUACAAGUACUGCUUGAUUACUACAGUGUUUACAAAUCAAAUUCUUCCUAUCCAGUGUAGAAGAUGCCGACCCAGCCCCAAAAUAUAAAGUUCUGUGAACUAGG